AUGGCAGGCACUGGUAUGGACUCCAAAGACAGUGAGCCGCCUGCAGCUGCAGAUGUCCCCCUUACCAAACGGGACCUGGAGGAGUGCAUAGAAGACCUCAACAACCGCUCCAGGCAGAACUAUAUCUGCAUCAGAGGCCUGCCUGUGUCGGUCUCCACAGAAAGUGUGCAGGCUGAAUUUAAAGACCUGUUAAAUACCCUCCUGCCAGACGCCUUCAACUGGGAACUGGCGAUGUAUAGGGCCCACAGAGCCCUCCAACCUCUGGCUCUAAAUCCAGCACACUCACAAGAUGUCAUAGUCCACAUCCAUCACUUCUGGACCAAGGAGCGGCUACUCCAUGAGGCAUGGCUGCACCAGUCACAAUUCCAAGACAAUAGACUGUCCUUCUACUAA